CUUUUAUUCUGAAGGCGAGAGUUGUAACUUCCGACUCCGCCCCUUCCCCAUCCCCCGCCUCCUCUCUUCUUCAGACUGCUGCACGCAACCUCUCCACGGCCUUACGUAAAGACAGUUAUUUGCCACCAUGUCAGCUGGAAAUGCAGUGAUUGGCAAGCCUGCCCCAAACUUCAAAGCCACAGCGGUGGUUGACGGGCAGUUCAAGGACAUCCAGCUGUCAGACUAUAAAGGAAAGUAUGUGGUUUUCUUCUUCUACCCCCUGGACUUCACGUUCGUGUGCCCCACCGAGAUCAUUGCGUUCAGCGACAGGUCUGAAGAGUUCCGCAGCAUUGGCUGCGAGGUGAUCGGCUGCUCGGUAGACUCCCACUUCAGUCACUUGGCAUGGGUCAACACACCAAGGAAGCAGGGAGGUCUGGGUAGCAUGAAAAUCCCCCUGGUUGCCGACCUCAACAAGACCAUCUCUAAGGAUUACGGAGUGCUGAAGGAGGACGAGGGCAUCUCUUACAGGGGUCUGUUUGUCAUCGACGGCAAAGGCAUCUUGAGGCAGAUCACCAUCAACGACCUGCCUGUUGGUCGCUCCGUGGACGAGACUCUGCGUCUGGUUCAGGCUUUCCAGCACACUGACAAAUACGGAGAGGUGUGCCCCGCCGGCUGGAAACCCGGCAGUGACACGAUCGUCCCCGACGUGGAGAAGAGCAAAGCCUUCUUCUCCAAGCAGUGAAGGCCUUGGAUCGUCUGUCCACAGCACUUGCCGUCAAGAUGAGAGGUGUCCCCAUGAAGUAUCUCAUAACGUCCAAUCAGUUAAAAACAAAGAAUUGCAGUCUGUUUAGAGAAA